AUGAGGAUAGGGAGACCUUACAGAAGUUCUUUCCUUUCUGCCGACUUUGACACCACCCCUCCCCCACAAGGUGUAGACUUACCUGGUUUUGGACCUUGGUUUCUUGAGUCUGGAUGGUAUUUUGGAUGUGUUAGAGAACACUCCCAAGGGUUAAAGGUAGAAUCCAAGCAGGGUGAAGAACUUCCCUCUUUUCCUCAACAGAAACCACACUGGGCAGCAGGCGGCGGAGGUGCGGAGAGACCGUACUCGCUGCAAAGGCCUGCAGACCCCGGGGAUCCCGUUGAUCGCGACUGGGCCGGGACUCGCCGGGCGGAGCCUCGGGCGGGACUGGACGGCCUAGACAGGGACGCCGAAGCUCGGCCAAUCAGGGCAGCGCUUGCUUCCUUAAAGGGGCCGCUCGCCCGACUGAGGCCUGGUGUGUGCUUUCCGGCCAGGCGCGGGGACGCAAAGGCAAAUUCAAACCAACAGCGGCUUAGCUGUCAGACUUCGAGGGGACGAAGAGGAAGCAGAAUGAAAAUCUCACAUAACGGCCUCAGUGAGGUCCCUGAGUUACCCGAGUAUGUGAGAAAUCCAUGCUCCCGUGCCGAGCUGAGCCAUCUCACUGUUAUUCUCCAGAAAUGGUGUCAGCCACCACGGUUGUGUCAGUUUCCCAGAAGAGAAUGUGUCUCAUGAGAGAUUGUCCCUUAAACAUAAAAUCCACAGUUGCAAACAUUUUUUAAAAAAUUGAAGUUUAGUUGACACACAAUAUUACUUUAGAGUCGAGUGUACAACAUGGUGAUUUGACAAGUCUAUACCUUAUUCUGUGUUUACCACCAUACAACCUGACCACCGUACCAAUGACCAUGUUCCCUCCCUGUACCUUUCACACUUGUGACUUAUUCACUCCAGCACUGGAAGCCCGUACCUCUCACUCCCCUUCACGCAUUUUGCCCA